UAGGGUGAAGGCUCACGGUUGUCAUGACAACACCACGCAGUACAGCGUUACCCAGCGUUAUACUUUUUUUCCUGCUCGUUCAAGAAGUCGCGAAAUUGGUGGAAAGCUGUCAUGUCGGAACCGCACCAGCUCAAAACCCCCAAAAGGGAGAAAGAGAUUGGAAAGGUGCCUUCAGAAGGAAGCCAAGGAUUCAGAGGCGAAGCAACAACUAGCAGGACAAAAGACUCUGUGAGUACUGUGUCAGACUCAGCUGACGCCCGGAUGACCGUAACAAUGGAAAACACCUACCAGCUGGGACCUUGCAAACGCAUGACUGUUCCCGCUGUCACAGACAUACUGAAGGAUGUACUUACCGCUUAUCUUCAAAUGGAGGAAUAUGAAGUAGAAUGGUCUCGAAAAAUGACAAAAACAAUCUCUGAGGUGAUAAAAUCCCGUGUGAAAGAACUCCUGAUUCCCAGAUAUAAGAUUGUUGUCCAGGUCACCAUCGGCCAGCUCACCGGGGGCAUACAAAUCAGCAGCCGCUGUCUCUGGGAUGCAUCCAAUGACACCUUUGCCUCCUACUCCUUCAAGAACAGCUCUCUGUUCGGUUUGGCAACUGUCUAUGCGGUUUACUUUGAGUGACCGAAGCUUACAUUAAGUAGACUCACUUUGGUUAUGCAUUUAUCUAUUCAAAAAGAUUGCUGGUGGUGAAAAGCUAUGUAUCCAUGUUGUAUAUUUUGCCAUGUAAGAAGUUAUCAAGCAAGAUUGUUUUCAGCAAAAUUCACUGUGUUUUAUUUCAUUUUUUGGUAGCAUUAAAAGUAAAAUGACAUUAUCCUAAUAAAGUUCUGAGGAUUUCCUUUUUAAAGCAAUGAAUGGCAGAUUGAUGAGGACCUUCUUGGUCUGUUCCCCUCUAGCAGAGCAUAGAGAGGUCACUCCUUCGACAGCCCAGUUGACAGCACACUGAUAUUAGAGCCUGGUUUUGGUCCCGCCAAUGACGGCCUAUUGCUGGCUCGUCUGUUGUCUUCACUUUUGGCUUCCCGCCACCUGCCAAGAGACA